CUCGCAGACACCCCGGACCUCCCCUGGGCGCCAGCUCCCCGGCUCCGACGGGUCCGGAGACAAUCUGGAUUUUUUUUUUUCCCUUUCUGGAAAUUGGCUCGGGUGUGUGUUUCCCUACCUCACUCCUCCCCCUCCCAACCCCCGCUUUUUUUUUUUUUUCCUGAGACAUGGCUGGGGCAGUGGCUUCUGGAAGAGGAACAAGUGUGGGAAAAGGCAGAGGAAGCCGGAGCUAAAGGACAGGAUGCAGGCGACUUGAGACACAAAAAGAGAAGCGUUGCUCGGGGAUCAAGGCACUGACGGCCUGGCGGCUUUCCUUUCUCCAGGACCGGCGGGAGGAUCUUGCAGCUCCGGGCGGACUGGGAGCGCUGGGGAUUUUUCAGAUUACUCUCUGGGCUCGCUUUUGCCUCCACGACCUCCUUCGCCGGCUUCUGCCCGGGGCUCCGGAGCAGGGAGAAUGGAGAGGGGACGGCCGCUGCUCAGCGCCGCGCUCGCCGUGGCCCUCGCCCUGGCCAGCGCGUUUCGCAACGAUAAAUGUGGUGAUACUAUAAAGAUUGAAAACCCUGGGUAUCUUACAUCUCCUGGCUAUCCUUACUCUUAUCACCCAAGUGAAAAAUGUGAAUGGCUGAUUCAGGCUCCGGACCAAUACCAGAGAAUUAUGAUCAACUUCAACCCCCACUUCGAUUUGGAGGACAGAGACUGCAAGUAUGACUACGUGGAAGUCAUCGACGGAGACAAUGCCAACGGGCGUUUAUGGGGAAAGUUCUGUGGAAAGAUCGCCCCUUCACCUAUAGUGUCUUCAGGGCCAUUUCUCUUCAUCAGAUUUGUCUCUGAUUAUGAGACCCACGGCGCAGGAUUUUCCAUACGCUACGAAAUUUUCAAGAGAGGCCACGAAUGUUCCCAGAACUACACAGCACCGAGUGGAGUCAUAAAGUCCCCUGGAUUCCCUGAAAAGUACCCCAACAGCCUGGAAUGCACUUAUAUUAUCUUUGCACCAAAGAUGUCAGAAAUUAUCCUGGAAUUUGAAAGCUUUGACCUGGAGCUUGACUCAAACCCCCCCGGGGGGAUGUACUGUCGCUAUGACAGGAUGGAAAUCUGGGAUGGAUUCCCUGAAGUCGGCCCUCACAUUGGACGGUACUGUGGACAGAAAACACCAGGUCGGAUCCGCUCUUUCUCAGGCAUUCUGUCCAUGGUGUUUUAUACCGACAGCGCCAUCGCAAAGGAAGGCUUCUCGGCAAACUACAGCAUCGUACAGAGCAGUGUCUCCGAAGAUUUUAAAUGUAUGGAAGCUCUGGGCAUGGAAUCAGGGGAGAUUCAUUCUGAUCAGAUCACAGCUUCUUCUCAAUAUAGCACCAAUUGGUCCGCAGAACGAUCCCGCCUGAACUACCUUGAGAAUGGGUGGACCCCUGAAGAAGAUUCUUACAGAGAGUGGAUACAGGUAGACUUGGGCCUUCUGCGCUUCGUCACAGCUGUUGGGACACAGGGAGCUAUUUCAAAGGAAACCAAAAAGAAAUAUUACGUCAAAUCUUACAGAAUCGACAUCAGCUCCAAUGGGGAAGACUGGAUCACCAUAAAGGAAGGAAAUAAACCUGUUAUCUUUCAAGGCAACACCAACCCCACAGAUGUUGUGUUUGGGGUUUUCCCCAAACCACUGAUGACUCGAUUCGUCCGAAUUAAACCUGUGACUUGGGAAACAGGCAUAUCGAUGCGAUUUGAAGUCUAUGGCUGCAAGAUAACAGAUUACCCUUGCUCUGGAAUGCUGGGUAUGGUGUCUGGACUCAUUUCUGACUCUCAGAUCACAGCAUCCAACCAAGCGGACAGAAACUGGAUGCCUGAAAAUAUACGCCUGGUGACCAGUCGCUCAGGCUGGGCUCUGCCACCCUCGCCUCACCCCUAUGUCAACGAGUGGCUCCAAGUGGACCUGGGGGAGGAGAAGAUUGUGCGGGGCGUCAUCAUUCAGGGAGGGAAGCACCGGGAGAACAAGGUGUUCAUGCGGAAAUUCAAGAUCGGCGUCAGCAACAAUGGCUCCGACUGGAAAAUGAUCACGGACGACAGCAGACGCAAGGCCAAGCUGUUUGAGGGCAACAACAACUAUGACACGCCUGAGCUGAGAACAUUUCCACCUCUUUCCACACGGUUCAUCAGGAUCUACCCCGAGAGAGCCACGCACAGCGGCCUCGGGCUGAGGAUGGAGCUGCUGGGCUGUGAAGUGGAAGUGCCAACAGCUGGACCGACCACUCCAAACGGGAACCCAGUGGAUGAGUGUGAUGACGACCAGGCCAACUGCCACAGUGGCACAGGUGAUGACUUCCAGCUCACAGGGGGUACCACCACGCUGACCACAGAAAAGCCAACAGUAAUCGACAGUACCAUCCAAUCAGAGUUCCCAGCCUACGGCUUCAACUGUGAAUUCGGCUGGGGCUCUCACAAGACCUUCUGUCACUGGGAACACGACAGUCACGUGCAGCUCAGGUGGAGCGUCUUAACCAGCAAGACGGGCCCAAUUCAGGAUCACACAGGAGAUGGCAACUUCAUCUAUUCCCAAGCGGAUGAGAACCAGAAGGGCAAAGUGGCCCGUCUGGUGAGCCCCGUGGUCUAUUCCCAGAACUCAGCCCACUGCCUGACCUUCUGGUAUCACAUGUCGGGUUCCCACGUGGGCACGCUGCGGGUCAAGCUACGCUACCAGAAGCCAGAUGAGUAUGACCAGUUGGUCUGGAUGGUCAUUGGACACCAAGGCGAUCACUGGAAGGAGGGGCGUGUUCUGCUGCACAAGUCUCUGAAGCUUUACCAGGUGAUUUUUGAAGGCGAAAUCGGAAAAGGAAACCUUGGCGGGAUUGCAGUUGAUGACAUUAGUAUUAAUAACCACAUUUCACAAGAGGACUGUGCAAAGCCAGUGGACCAGGAUAAAAAGCAUCCAGAAAAUAAAAUGGAUGAAGCAGGGAGCACGCCAGGAUACAAAGGCACCGGAGAAGGUACCAAGGACAUCCUAAAGAAGCCGGGCAACGUGCUGAAGACCCUGGACCCCAUCCUCAUCACCAUCAUCGCCAUGAGCGCCCUGGGGGUCCUGCUGGGGGCCGUCUGUGGGGUGGUGCUGUAUUGCGCCUGUUGGCACAACGGCAUGUCUGAGAGAAACUUGUCUGCCUUGGAGAACUAUAACUUUGAACUUGUGGACGGUGUGAAGUUGAAAAAGGACAAACUGAAUACACAGAGCACCUAUUCGGAGGCAUGAAGGCAGGCAGAGAUGACCAGGCGAAUGGGAGAAGUGAAGCGGAAGGAAGGACGGGACUUGAGCGUGCUGGGGAACUGUGGGGCUUGACUUCUCUUCCAACCUGGGAAGUGCGUGGAGGACACUGAGCCAGGCUUUUCUCAGGAGCUUCAAUGAGCAUAGCCGACAGACCUGAACAAGGGAGCGGUGUGAACAAUCCGAAUCAUGUACAGUCGCCUUUUUCGUUUCUGUGGGUUUCAAUGGAAUAAUCAAUCAGAUGCUGGUGUUGAGACCAAGGAUGAUUGAUUUAAUGAUUCAGUUUCACCUCCUCCUUCCCAACCCCUUUCUCUCUUUCUCUCUCCACCCCCUCAACCCCCACCCGCACCCCCUUCCCGUUUAUGGAAUCUCUUUGGAAACUGUGCAAAAUCCAAGAUGCUGGCACCAAGUGAACUCAGUGGGUCCCCUUUGAUGGACAUGCUACCUUUAUCCCUGUGCCCAGAUGCUAUUAGAAUCUCACCGCAUUACCGUGGACUCCUGCAGCUCUACCUGUGUAUAAUCGGCCGUGUUGUGCAUAGGCAAAGAAGGAUUAGAAUGUUUUUGGUUUUCGUUUAAACGUACCGUAGCCUCCGUACCGGUAUAGUGUGUCAGCUCUGUUUACGAAGCAAUACCGUCAAAUUCUCUUGAUGUUUUCCAGUGUUGUACUUAAACCUCGUGCUUGUGAACUCCAUGCAGAAAACCGGGCUGCCCCCAAACACUGUUGGCAACUGGGUGUUCUACCGACAACACAACGAAAAAUCCUUGGCACUAGCUAGUGUGUCCUCUCAAGUGCCUUUUUGUUUGUACUGGUUCUCGUUGUGUUGUGUUUAACUGCCCACCCCCGUUCCUCAAUGGUGACAGCCCGACUCUAAUCAAGCCCUGGUGGCCCACUGACUAGAAGAAAGUAUAUUUUAGUGUGAGACGUCAGCCCCGGGGAAGGAAAGGGCUCAGAAGACUUGGCAACGUGGCUUACUUGUUCUGCUUUUUUUUUCCCACCGUUCAAUUUCAUGUCUCUUGACCCUUUUGUAUAAAGCUGCAAUAUUCUCUCUUAUUGUUCUUUCGUAUGGAAUGUAUUUUCAAAUGUAAAGGCUUUCUCGCUCGCUCUCUUUCCUAGCUCUCUGUCUUUUUUGCCCUCUUAGAGUUUAAGCAUUGGCCACUGUCCAGAAAAGAAACUUGCAGCUUUAACCUUACUGGAUGUGGCAAACCGAUUUUACUAGACUUUAUGUUUAAAAAUAAAUCAAUAAGGGAAAUUCCUAACUUUGCCCUCCAAAGUCUAACUUUGGUUUUCUCGUUAACUGGUUAAAGAGACAGUAUCUUUUUUCCUGAAGCCAUUUGUCUGUCUAUCCUGAUUGAAAUGCUCAUUGAUGAAAUGUUUGCGUUGAAGAUGUAUUGAUCAGUCAAGGGAAGAAAUCAUUAAUUGGCUUUCAAGUGUGAGACUCAAAGGAAGGACUUUCUAAAUACACAACAGUAACACGUGUGCAUGCACACACACACAUAAAAUAACCCGUGAAAUUUUACAUCCACAUAAGCAAAAAUGGCCCCUGAGAGCAUUCCUAUUUUGCUAUUGAAUCAAACAAGGGAAGUGGAACGAAGAAGAGAUAAUUUAAAAAAGGAACUAUAAAGCCUGGUGCCUGAGGUGAUGUAUUUUAAGAUAAGGGGGAGGGAAAAGGAAGGAGCAAAGUCAAAACAAAUGUUUAAAUAAAUCCGUUCAGCAGCAAACCUGGAAAGACGCACGCACAAGCUUGAAUGAAUGCUUCCAGAUAAAUUCCCAAAUGCUCAUGAAGAAAGGGCUGGAUGUCGGGUUGGCAAAGUGAGUAUCUUACCAAGGCAGUGUGUGAAUUAACCCAAAGACUGCGGGGUUAAUUCGGGUGUGUCUGUGUCACGGUGUGUGGUGCGUGAUCAUGUUUAGAUGGACUGUCUUUGGCCUAGCUGCAGAGCUUACCCAGAUGCACUUGGGGCAAGUGGCAUUUCCAUCAGUCAGGGCAAUCUAUUCAUCUUGGUAUAAUUGGAUGGAGAAUGCCUUUUGUUUCCAGGAAAAGUAUUGAUUACCAUAAAAGAAGACUGGUGUUUUGUCCCUGGAAGCAUCCAUUCAGUUGCUACCAUCAGACUGAGAAGAGCAAGCAGAGUAAGACCUCCUUUGCUCCCAUCUCUCCCUCCGGGCAACAGACUCAAUGUUCAUCUACCAAGGAAAAAUGAUACUGCAACUUUAAAUUUUAAAGUAUCUUGCACUGAUAAAUAUAUUUAAAAAUUAUAUGUUUAUAAAGUUAUUAAUUUGUAAAGGCAGUGUUACAAAAUGUUCGGUUUAUAUUGUUUUAGAUUGUUUUGUAAUGUUUAAAGGUGUAAAAUAACAUAUUUUUUUCUUUAUUGAAAUCUAUAAAAAAACCUUUCUGUAGUAAAAUGUUUUCAUUUUACUGGUAUAUUAUUGCUUCAUGUUUUGUACCAUCAUAAAAUUUUGUGAAAAUUUUUUUUACAGAAAUUUUUAUUUUCUAUGACAAUAUGACACUUGUAAAUUGUUGUUUCAAAAUGAACAGCAAAGCCUUAACUUUAAAUGACAUUUGUAUUCUCAGACACUGAGUAGCAUAAGAACCACAUAGAACGGAACUGUAACUUAAAUUCCAAACUAUGACUACUACAUUCCAAAGAAACAGUUGAAUUAAACAUUUUCAUAAAAUA